AUGCCAAGCAGAGUAGUACAAGCAUACCCGCCGAGCAAUGAUUUCCCCUUGGGCAAUUGCGAUACCAUUCUUAUCGAUGGCCCGGGCAUGGAUGGCAACAUAACUAGUUAUGUCGCACAAGUUCGACUGAUUUUUCAACCGACGAUUCGACGAGGUUCUGAUGUGGAGCUGCCAUCGUACCUUUCCAACCCACUUCUCUAUGUCCAGUAUUUCCGUUUCAUCUCUCGUCCUGAAGACCGUCCUGAACUCAUGAUGUGGACCGUGGAACGCGUGUACACUCAUGAUGCAAAUGGUAACCGCCAUAGACAUGGAGCUGUCGUGCGACUUACGGAUGCAACGCAUGCGGUCGAAUUGAUACCAGAGUAUGGUGAGGCAGUGGACCAGAGCAUGACCUCUGCGACAUGCUCGGAAAGCUAUGAGCGUUUCUUUCUGAAUAAUUUUGCGGACAAGGAGAGUUAUCAUGCAUUCAGUACUGAGUUUGUAUAG